AGACAAAUCCCACCAAGCUUCAAACAUGGCCUGUCUCCUGAUCCUUUCCUGCCUUGCCUUUGUUGGUGCAGUCUACGGCUGUGGCUCACCUGCCAUCCAGCCUGUCAUCACCGGCUACGCCCGCAUCGCCAACGGUGAGGAGGCCGUGCCCCACUCCUGGCCCUGGCAGGUGUCCCUGCAGGACUUCGCUGGCUUCCACUUCUGUGGUGGCUCCCUGAUCAAUGAAAACUGGGUCAUCACUGCUGCCCGCUGUGCUGUGAAGCCACAUCACAGUGUCAUCCUGGGAGAGCAUGACCGCUCUUCCAAAGCUGAGGACAUUCAGACCAUUAAGGUCGAUAAGGUCUUCCAGCACCCGAAAUACAAUAGCUUCAUCGAUAACAACGACAUCACCCUGAUCAAGCUGGCCAGCCCCGCUCAGAUGGGUCUCCGUGUGUCCCCUGUGUGUGUUGCUGAGACUGGUGACAACUUCCCCGGUGGCUUGACGUGUAUGACCUCUGGCUGGGGUCUGACCUGCCACAAUGCCCCUGACACUCCCGCCCUGCUGCAACAGGCUGCUCUCCCUCUGCUGACCAACUCUGAGUGCGAGGGUUUCUGGGGCAGCAACAUUCGCGACACCAUGAUCUGCGCUGGUGCCUCUGGUACCUUUGGUGCCUUCUGCAAGGGUGACUAUGGUGGCCCCCUGGUCUGUGAGAAGGCUGGUGCCUGGACUCUGGUAGGUGUCGUGUCCUGGGACGAUGGCGACUGCACCGCCUCCCUGCCCGGAGUGUACGCCCGCGUCUCUGUGUUCCGUGCCUGGGCCGACCAGAUCAUCGCUGCCAACUAAAGUUGUGAUCACUACUAAAAUGAUCAAUGAUAAAUAAACAUCUUUGUUUAUAUAAGAUUGUUUACAACUAUAAAAUUAUUCACUUGUUGUUGACCAGCAAAGCAUGAAGGCAGACAUAAGUUUUAGACCUCAAUACAGCUCAUAUUAGCAUCUAAAAUGUGAGUGUGACUAUAUGUAACUAUCAAUUAAUGAACAGUAUUAAUGCAUACUACAUCAUCGUUUAAAAUGUCAGUUUAAAGACAACUUGCUUUUCAAUUACA